AGCUGUGGCCUGUAAACAGACGUAGAACCAACCAGACCCUUCACUGGUAACAUUGUAUCUGCCUCAGUGGAUCUCAACAUAACAAAACAACAACAUUGCUGUACAGGUCCAACUGACACCGAUGAAGUCUUCACAUAUGGUAACACUGAAAAGAAAGAGUGAAAUAGAGUUCAAAUACCCCUGACUGCUACAAGUUCAGUUAUAGGGGGAAGGGGAUGAAAUGGCAUGGAGUGUGUAGGAAUUUGGCAGAGGUAAAAAGACAAUGCAUCUAGGCAGAUUAUGAUGAUGAAAUGGCUACAUUGCCAACUUCUGUAUUGGCCUUUAACUACAACUACAUGUUUUGACAUUAAUAGCCGAUUAUGCUUAUCUCCAUCCUGUGGAAGGCUUCACCUGCUGAUUUCUGCAGAUCAUGCUGCUAUUGAAGGCAAAAGAACAGGCCAGCCUGUUUCUUUUUUAGUCACUUGGAAACCCUGGAAUGGCACAGAAAGUAAAAGAGCUGAGCAGAUCUCAUCAGUGGGCUUUUUAGCCUGUUGAAGUGCAAUGAAGUGUGUGUUUAAAUGCUGAUGUGUAUCAUAUUGGAGCAUCACAGAUGAGGCAUUCACUAGAAAAAGAAAGGAGAAGCUUCUUCUUAUAAAAAGCUUAUAAAACUCACUAGCAGCUUUAAGAGGAUGGAUUUUGCCCACAAUCUUCAAAUUGCUUGUUUAAAAAAAUCAGACUAAUCUUGUGUACACCCUCAGUUGUUAGUACUUUGGCUGGGAAAUAGAUAGUAUUUAUUGCCUGCUGCACUGAACCAUUAGUCACAAGUAUUAAUUAGUCAAAUAUACACACACUUAUGUGCUCCACAUGUAAUUCUGUUACAUUCAUUUUGGUAUAACCAGGACAUAAGCAAAUUGUGUGAAAAUCAAGUAUGGUUGGAGUCAUAUAUUUUCUAAAUUAGUCUCUAAAAUUGAAACUUCAUUCUGGCCAAAGCAUAUUUAGCAGGCACAGUAUCACAAAGCAUAAUCUUCGAUCAGCUGUAAGGGCACUGGGCCUGAGGAGGGCCAUCCACCAGCCCUGCCCUGGACCAGAUGUACCUGUCCCACCAGAAAUGGCAGCAGAAGCCGGUAGCCCCAGCUGAGCAUCCAGGCUGCAGUUCUAAGCAAGCUUGAUCUGCUCCCAGGAGUCUAGGAGAGCUGCUGCUAAGUUGCUCAGGAGUUCCAGGAUUUGCCGCUGCUGCUGCUAAGAAGUGAAGCAGCAAAGACCUUACGUGAACACGAGAGAGAGAGAAACAAAAAAAUUCCUUUCUGCAGAGCGGUAUAUGUUUGAGCCACAGCCAUGUCGGCAUACUUGAGGCAUUUCUCAGUUGUGGGUGAUGAUCUUGACCAGUUAAGUACAUGGGAGUGGAAAGAAGAAGAUGGAAGGAGGACACCGGAGGUCAUCAUUAAAGUAGAUACUGUACCUGGGCCACUAACUUUCCGGGAGAUGAUGAGAAAGCUGUUCCAUUCAAACACAUUUCAGAUUGUAGUUGUCUGUUUUGUUAUCUUGGAUGCCUUGUUUACAAUUGGGCUAAUGCUUAUGGAUUUUAAGGUCAUCCAUCCAGACAAAGAUGAUAUUGCACCAAAGGUCUUACACUACCUGAGUUUUUUAAUUGUAACCCUCUUCCUGAUGGAAGUUGCCUUUAAACUCUUUGCCUAUCGCCUGGAAUUCUUCCACCAUACAUUCGAAGUCCUGGAUGUCAUAGUGGUCAUCAUUUCUUUUGCCCUCGACAUCACUGUCCUGGUUGAAGAACGUGACUUUGGAGGCCUUGGAUUUCUUAUCCUUCUCAGGCUGUGGCGAGUGGCCAGGAUUAUAAAUGGAAUACUUAUUUCUUUUAAGAAACGCUCAAGACGUUUACCCCUGAAACAAUCCAAUCUCCAGAAUACCCCAAAGAUCCAACAGCUAGAAAGGAGCUGAGCAGAGAAGGAGCUAGAGCUGCAAGUGGCAGAGUGUGCUGUGCAUUAACCUUAGCAGCCGCAAUGCUUCACCAGUGUUUUGUGGUCUUAGAAGUGGAAGAGCAGAGGCACAUAGGCAAUAUGCAUGUGCAGGUACAUUGCUGCAUUUUGCAUUGGAAAGACUGUCUCUGGCCCAUGCAGUAAAGAAACUGAGCUUGGCUUGCUCUACUUAAUUGUGGUAGCAACAGCCAACAGCUCAGGAAAAGAAAGUUACUGAAUAACUUGCUGACUGUGCAGUCCUACUCUGAAGCAGCAGCAGGUUAUGUGGUGCCAGAGUGAGGAGUACUCUCCAAGUUCAACAAUGUGUGUAUGAAAGAGAGACUUGCAUGCAGAGAUUCACCCUCUUCUUCCUUUCUCUUCCCUCCAUUUCUUCUGUAUUCAAUUUCCAUUUUAUUUUGUGGCAUUUUAACUUGCUUAUUUUCUCUCCCCCCCCACCCCAUUUAACACAAAGUUACUAGAGAGUCAGUCCAAUUUGGUUUAAUGGAAUUUACUUCUAGUAUGCUUACAGUUGCACAUGUACACACACAGAAAAAGAGACAUCCCCUUUCUUUCCCUCCAGUUGUUAUGUUUUCCUUCUUGUGAUAAAUAUCUCAGUUCUCCCCUGCCAUCCUUUUAAUGGCCUGCCUUAUUUACAGUAGAUUCUUUCCUUUCCCUACUAUCCUUAAGUAGAGCAAGCCAAGCUCAGCAGUAAUCAUGUUGUGAAAUUUGUGUUAUCCUCAGUUACUGCUGUUGUGAACUGUAAUGCCUAGUUAAUUCUGUUGUGAAUUGCAGUAUCUAAACAAACUUUAUAUGUUUGGCGAAUACCAAUUUGCAUGGCUGGACCAAAUACCUGUUCUGCAAUCUGCAGCAUUUGAAAGUACUUCUCCAUUGUCAAGUCCCAAGAGUAUUUAUUGUUUAGUAAACUAGUUACAUGCAGUAGUGAUACUUCCAAUAUUGCUGCCUUUGAAUCUUGACAUUAAAAGAUUUGCAGCAGAGUGGAUUAUGGUAUGGUAGCCAUACAAUUUUGAAAUCGCAGCUUUAAAGAACAGUUCACUCUUCAUUCUGAAAGUGUAACUAUUUCAUAAGAGCCUUAAAAAAAAAUUGAAUUCAAGGCCAUGGGGAAAGUCCCCCACUGCUCCGAAAAGCUUCCGGGCCUUCACACCUUUGUGACACACCUUUGCCUGGAUUGACUUAGAUUUUGGCUUUUUGCCACAGCUGUUUUCAGCUGCCUUUCUAACUGGAGAGGAAUUGAUUCUGGCUGUUUGGUUUUGAUGUGUACAUUUUCUGCUUAUUCCUUAUAUAUUUGUUGUGUUGUAUAUUAUUUAGAAAGCCAAUUGAGUUCAAAGUUUGUAUUGUUGGAAAGCAUUGGUUACUGAAGCAUGCCAGUUACUCGCAACUAACAUGCUUGCUAUAAUUAAGAUGGUCCAAAGAAAGUACAGUGCUCCCAGUGGUGAGGUAUUUUUGCAUUGCCACCCAUUAUGAGAGUCAUAUUAGAAGAGUAUUGUUCUAGUUUUAAAGGGGAAGGCCAAAGAAGGAUUGGUUUAAUGCUGGUUUUGUUGAUCUCUAGCUACUGUUAUGGGCCUAGGACCUCUUUUUACUGGUUUCUUUUCAGAGCUGUUCUGUUGGUUAGAUGAAGCUUUGCCUGCCUUUCUAUUUGGUUGUUUUUUAUUGUGAUAGUUUUAUGUUUUUAUUGUGAUAGUUUUGAUAGUUAUUUAGUUUAUUAUUAGCCCCUGAUUUAUGUUUGAAGGUAAAACAGGUUGAUUUUGGGGAAAUAAAUAAAUAAAUAAAUAAUCUUGGUGCAUGCUUUGUUAUAGUUUUAGAGCCAUCUGCAAUAUGCAGAUAUUGCCCCUGCAUAAUUUGAUAUGCUGUCCAUUCAAGAUACAUGGCUUUCUGGAGAUUGUGCAGCUUUCUGUGAAAGCCUCAGGAGGUAGCCAAAGGAACAGAGUGUGCUUAUUUUUAAGAAGUGGGGUUAAUCAUCCCCAGGAAGGAGCAUAUGCUCUUCAAGAACUUACUUAUGUAACUACGGCGCUAAUUCACUGCACUAUCAUUGGAUGAUGCUUAUAGUUGUGUCCCAGCUGGACUUCCAAGAGGCACUGAUUAUACUUUAGGCCAGAACAAUGUGUCUCUGUGUUCAGAUAGUGGAGCAGCUGCAGCACAAUGAACUAGAACAAGACUGCUUCUCAAUACAUCAAGUCACCUUCACUUUGUUGUAGAAGAUGGAUAGUUAUAAUGCAUUCAAUUAGGGUAAUGAGAUGCAAUAGAGGGCAGAUCUACUGUAUGUUUGAUAGUUGUGUAGAAGAAGGGAUUUUGGCAGGUGCAACUUUUCUCACUCUUGAUGCCUUGUGAACCUGCCUGUAGUCAUUUCUCUUCAAAGCUAUCAAAAGCCAACAAUCCAGUCAUCUGUUGCAAUAUGAUCAUAAUGCCCUCCACAUUUCACUUUUUCAGCAUGUUAGCUGCCUUGGUUGUUUGUUUGAAUGGUUUAUAUACCACCUUUCAGGCUAAAGCCUCUCAGAGCAGUUCAUAUGCAUUUAAAAGAUCUAUAAA